UAUCUUUUUUUUUAUUAUCGAUUAUCUAUUCUUUUAUCACCACUUGCAGGGCUUUCCCGUUGGAUUGCAUUGCUUGUACAAAAGGGGGUUCAAUGAGUUCAUGUUAAAGGAACAGUUCCACAUUUUGCGAAGAGUUAUGAGUUAUGAGAUGAGAAGAUAAUUACCACUUUUGCUGUCUAGUUUCAUAUUUAGCAUAGAGGCAUCUAACUCUAGGCAAGAAAGCGAACAUUCCCCUAAAUGAUGGACUAUUCUUUUAUGGUGUCAACAAAUUAAUUGCUAACUAAUUAUCUAGUUACUUGUUAUGUCGAAGCAGGUGUUAUGUCGAAGUCUGUUCCCCCAUCAAAUAGUGUUUCCUUCCUGUUAUAAAUGAUGCCUCCCUAGUGUCAGGGUUCACCUAUUGACAGGGUUAACGGUAUUCAACACAACACCGGUGCUGUGUACAUUCUGAAGCGCGCCUCUCCGCCCGCCCUCUCAUUGAAGUUUGUCCCUCAGCGCUCUCCGUCCGUCGGUCGUUCAGUGAAAAAAAAAGCGACGCCUGAGAGCGACGCUUGCAGCUGAUGUACCGCUGGCUCAAACAUGGAGAGCGACACCACUAUCCGGAGAAUAAAACCCUUCGGGAUACAGAGUUACGUAGCGCAAGAUAACGACGGUUCCCGGGACCGGUGCGGGGAUAACGGCUACAGCGGUGACCCGAAGAGGAAGCCCGAAGUGAGCCUGUAUCUGCUGCGGGAAGGGCUGGCAGCUGCCCUGGUCUCUGUGUUUAUUUUGGUGCUGUGGGGACUUGUUCAUUUCUCCUUACAGCAGCUCGUCAUCGGGAAGCCAACAGGAGAGUUCAACGCAUUGAGAGCCAGACGGCACUUGGAGCAGAUCACCAGCGUCGGCCCUCGUCCAGUGGGCAGCCAUGAGAAUGAAGUCCUGACAGUGGGCUACUUGUUGGAGCAGAUUGAGAACAUCCGGGUCGAGACCGCGGCGGGCGCCCAUCAGAUCACGGUAGACGUGCAGCGUCCCACCGGCACUUUCUCCAUCGACUUUCUUGGAGGCUUCACCAGCUUCUAUGACCGCGUCACCAACAUUGCUGUCAGGCUGGAGCCCAAGGGUGGGGCGCAGCAUUUCAUGCUUGCCAACUGCCACUUUGACACUGUGGCCAACAGUCCAGGUGCCAGUGAUGAUGCAGUGAGCUGUGCAGUGAUGCUGGAAGUCCUCCAUUCUCUGGCCAACCAGUCUAGUCCUUUUCUUCAUGGAGUUAUCUUCCUCUUUAAUGGGGCAGAGGAAAAUAUCCUUCAGGCCAGUCACGGUUUCAUUACUCAGCAUCCGUGGGCCAAGCAGGUGCGAGCCUUCAUUAACUUGGAGGCUGCAGGUGUUGGGGGCAAGGAAGUUGUUUUCCAGACAGGUCCAGAGAACCCGUGGCUGGUCCAGGCCUAUGUUCAUGCAGCCAAACACCCCUUCGCCUCUGUGGUCGGGCAGGAGGUCUUUCAGAGCGGCAUCAUCCCCUCCGACACCGACUUCCGCAUCUAUAGGGACUUUGGUAACAUCCCAGGCAUCGAUCUGGCUUUCAUUGAGAACGGCUUCAUCUAUCACACCAAGUACGACACCGCCGACAGGAUCCUGACAGACUCGAUACAGAGAGCCGGCGACAACAUCCUGGCGGUUCUGAGGUACCUGGUAACGUCGGAGAAGUUGGCCGAUUCCUCAGAGUAUCGCCAUGGCAACAUGGUAUUUUUUGACCUGCUGGGGGUAGUUGUGGUGGCUUACCCAGCUCGUGUUGGCACCAUCCUCAACUACAUCGUAGCCACAGUCACUUUCUUCUAUCUGGCAAAGAAAGCCUCACUGCCAGGCAAUGGGGGUGGCCGAUAUGUUCGAGAGCUGGCCUGUGCCACAGGUGUAGCGCUCCUGAGCUGGUUCGUCACCCUGCUGUCAGUGCUGAUCGUUGCUCUGCUCGUAACUCUGCUGGGCCGCUCCAUGUUUUGGUACAACCACUUCUACGCCUCCAUCUGCCUGUAUGGAGCUGCUGCCACGGGCAAGAUGGUCCUCAUUCACACGUUAGCCAAGAACUUGUACUACGGAGGUGUCCGUCUGGUGGAGCUGGGUGAUCUCUACUUUGACGUGAGCCUGUUGCUGUGGUGCUGCAGUCUGGUGUGGCUCACCCAGCGGGGCCUGUGUUCAGCCUACGUGCCCAUGCUAAUGGUGGCCUUCCCCUUGGUCACCAGAGUGCUGCUGGCCAAAGAGUUUAAACAUAGAGGAGCAUCACUGAAGUACAGUGUGCUCUAUCUGUUCGGCCUGGCGUUGCCUUACGUCCACUUCAUGUUCCUCAUCUGGGUGGUGUUUGAGAUUUUCACACCCAUCAUGGGGCGCAGCGGCACCGAGAUACCCCCUGAGAUUGUGAUGGCUACACUGGUCACCCUGGCAACCAUUUUCCUCUCCUCCUUUUUUGUGAGUCUGCAUUUCAUCUACUUGGCACGGAGCACUAAGUGGAUCCUGGCUGGUCUAGCCUCAGUCUUCACCGUCACGUUCCUGUUGAUGUCCUGUGGCCUCUUCUUUCCUUAUUCAGGCAGUCCAGACAGCCCGCGGCCAAAACGAGUCUUCCUGCAGCAUACGACGCGGACCUUCCACAAUCUCCAGGGCCAGGUGGAGAGCCAAGACUCCGGUCUGUGGAUCAACAGUUUUGACUUCACAGGCGUACAGCACAUCACACCCCACAUCCCUGAGGUCAACGACAGCGUUCGCACCAGCUGCCGCGAGGACCGGCCCUUCUGUGGUUACCCCUGGUUCCUGCCUGUAAAGUUCCUCAGCAAGAAGAACUGGUACCUUCCUGCUCCAGAAGUGUCUCCCAGCUCUCCUGUGGAGUUCAGCCUGCUGUCCAGAGAGGAGACCAGCUGGGGGACGGUCAAGAUGACCUUCAGUGUGAAAGGCCCCAGCCACAUGUCCCUGUAUCUGAUGCCUCACAGAGGAGCCAGCCUCUCCACCUGGUCCUUCGGCGACGGGACGCCUCAGUUUGACCUUAGCGGAGAAUAUUUUGUCUUCUAUUCACACGGCCUUGACGCCCCCACAUGGAUCUUCUGGUUUGAAAUACAGCCUCCCAGGGACCCGGACCCAUCAGGCCCUGAAGGGAUGAUCUCCGUUGCCAUCUCAACCCACUAUUUCUUCGGGCAAGACAGGAGGACUGCUCAACUGGAGGAAAUCCUCCGCAGGUUUCCCACAUGGGCUUUUCCUUCAUCUUGGGUCAGUACCUACGACAUGUACCGAUACUGAGGAUGCCACACAUCACAGAGGCCGACGUUGAGGAGAGCUGAUGUCUGCAGGGCUCCCCCGAGAUAGACAGAAAAGAUUUCGCGGGACAAUACUGAGGAACCAGCCCUGACGCCUUUUCCCUCUGACACAAACACACACUCCCAACACACACCUCCCGCUCCCUCCCAGCCUGCCUCAGAGACCCCCAUCACUGUGUCAGUAGGCUUAGUAGCUAACCAAGCAGGAAGACGCGCCGAGUCACGCCAGAGGUAAGCUGAUCGGACAGCUUACAGACUGACUAACUCAACGACCGCCGCACUGGCCACCACAAGCCUUGUGCUCACUCUUGGGUUAGUGAAACAAAGGGGUUACGUUUUUUUUUUCUUUUGUACUCAAAUCUGUCGUGCCUUUGCUUUACUCAAUCCAUCUCACUUCCCUCCUCACUUUCUCUCUUGCUCACUUCCUCCCGUUCUUCCUCUGUCAUGCUUCCUGAAUGAAUAACGUUGCAUGACUACUUCCCCUGUUCUCUCUUUAACAGCAAACCACUCGGGCUAUUCUCACACGAGAUGAGUCUCUGGCUACACCACCACUAUCUGCACUGUAGGUGUAGUAACAUAAUGAUGGAUCUGUAUGGGAGGGGAAACCAUUUUUUGUUUGAGCCCUCUUCCCUCUUUAACUGGAAGCUUUGACACUUUGAAAGUUGCUUUUCAUCAACACGCACUUGUUUUUAUUCUGAGCAAAAAAAAAUUGCUCUUUAUCAUUCCUCAAUAACACCACUUAUUUAUUUUCAAUGAGGGAUGCCAACAAUCUGCUUUAACUGUCAGAGAAUCUGGCACGCAGAGGCACAAAACUGUGCCUGUUCAAUGAAAACAGCUGGCUAAAAUCAAAAUGUCAAUGUGUCCUUUUUUAAAAGGAGUGGCUUUCCUGAAGAUUUUGUGCAGAGGGCAAUAUUGAGGUCUUAAAGUUUUCCGCCUGAUGUGUUCAAGUAAACGUGUAUUGAUUUUGGGCAGAACUUGCAGGGAAAACAAGGACUUGUUGCCGUCUUAAUGUCCCGUGAUUUAAAAUGAUUCCCCAAGCCCCGAGGGUGACCGGAUGGAAAACCAGCAAUGCAACUCCACAAUCAUUAACAGCAUCAGUUGUCAGUCAGCUUGGUGGAAAUGUUGGUUAUUACAUUUGCAGUCACUGUAACAGUUCUGCCUUAUGCUACGAGCCGUCUCCAGCAGCACCAAUGAAUAUCUAUUCCAUAAUCUAAACGAUUAAUCGAAAAAAUAAUCAGAAGAUGAAUUGAUACCGGUUAGUUAUGGCCGUAAAGGAGAGUCAUCCAGUCAUAUAACCGUAUAUCUUGGCUGCUGAUGAAGAUACGUUAAUCAGACCUUGAUUUAUUUUCAGUUAGUUGUACCGCUAAAAUGGCAUCAAAACUAAAUUGUGUAACUUCAUUCGAAACCAGUUAAAAGCCACGUACAUGAACAUUUUCAGAAAUACUCAAUAUAGAUUUUAUAUUUAUCCAAGUAAAAAGAAAAUGGUUGAGGCUUUAUUUUAUAGGUCUGUAAUUUCUGAAUCAUUUUCAAGAAGUUUCCUGGAAAGAACAACACAGUUUGGUACUAAUCAUAUAGAACAUGAGGACCAUGUUCAGAUACUUCCAAUUAGUUCAUUAUCAGCUGAUUGUGCAAAAAACGUUCCAGGCAAGCAUACAAAUCAACAUAUAUGGAGAAUAACGUUUACAAUAAUAAAUUAAAGAA